AUGGUGUCCCCUGCUAUCGCCCUGGCCUUCAUCCCUCUCCUGCUGACACUGAAUCGGUACCGUUACUACUUCGUGCUGUUCUACCGGGCGGUGCUGGUGAGGAUAUGGAGGGACUGCGUCACCGGGCAGCGAGAGGAGCGAGCCUACCAGUACGUCCUCAUGCACGCCGUCCCUGGAGACCCCGACAGCAUCCUGGACGCCUUCGAUGUUUGGUGCAGCAAGGUGGAAUACAUCAGCAACAUCGGUCCUAAGAAAGGGAAGAUCCUGGACCGGCUGCUGAUGGAGCAGAGUCCUCUCACGGUGCUCGAGUGGGGAGCCCACUGCGGGUACAGCACUGUGCGGAUGGCCCGGUCUCUGCCCAUGGGUGCCAGGAUCUACAGCAUCGAGAUGGACCAGAGAAACGCUGCCAUCGCAGAGAAGAUCAUCCCUGCGGGGUUUGAUGAUGACACGGUGGACGUGAUCGUGAAUCCAUCAGAUGAGGUGAUUCCUCAGCUGCGGUCUGACUUUGGUUUGGAGAGGCUGGAUUUUGUCUUCAUGGAUCACUGGAAGAAAUGCUACCUUCCUGAUCUGCAGAUGUUGGAGGGAUCUGGUCUGCUAGAAGGAUCCAUGAUCGUGGCCGACAACGUGCUGUUCCCCGGGGCUCCAAAAUUCCUCCGAUACCUCCGAAAGAGCGGCCUGUACGAGUGGAAGAUCCACCGGGCCACGCUGGAGUACAGCAAGGGUAUCAGAGACGGGAUGGCAGAGCUGGUGUAUCAGGGAAUCAAAUAG